CUCGAUAUUUGCAAAUAUUGGCCACGUUUUCAAGAAGACAAGAUGCAGCGUCGAUGCAGCAUGUCGCCUGCUCCUGAGUCGACAAACCCUGACCUACAAGAACUUCUUCCCAUGAACGAGUCUUCGAAUCACUCAAGCCGCACUCCAUCCCUGGCCACAGGAUCUAUGGAUUCCAGAUCAUCGGAAAACAUCAGUGUCGACUCCCCCAGGAACCCGAGGCUUAGCCACUCAACGACACUGGUUCGUCAAGGUCAUGCUCAGGAUGGACAUGAAAACUGUGGUUUAUCGGACGAAUUUAACUGCAAAACGUUUUCGGAUCCAAUACCAGAGAAACUCCACGAAGAGAAGAAAGUCGCUACAAGGCUCGGAUCUUUCCUCGUAUAUACCAAUGUUGCUGCCUUCAUCCUCCUGUUGGGAGCUUUAUCGGCAAUCACUUUUCUCUGGUUUGGAAGCGACAAGAACGAUACAUGGCGCAAAAUUAUGGUUGAUGGCUGGAUCGGUCAAGUCGUCACGGCGUUAUCGUUAGCCAUACGCUUCGCUGUCGUUACACAAGCAGGAGCCGCUGUAGCAUUACUUGCCAGCAUCUCAAUAGAGUCUGCAGACGGUGUGCUACUGAAAGAAGUACCAGCAUUGUCAAUUAUACGGUAUACGAACACCGGACCUAUAGGGUCAGUUUUGAACUUUUGGAGAAUCCGUGGCCGAAACAUUCGGGUUCUUCACCUCGUCGGCCUCCUUACUUUAACAACUUCCGUGCUUCAAUUCACGUCAACAAUACUACUAUGGGACAUUCGUUCCGGCGCUGUGCGAGGUUUUCCAAGACAAAAGGACAUAGCCGUUGGCAUCAGUAUGGAUAGCUUUUUCGACACAUUUGUGGACCCUCUUCAGCAAAGUCCAAACUAUUUUACAUCAUCCCCGACUGGAUAUCCCACGUUUGCUGAGUGGACUCAGAGCCCGGAACCAAAUCUUCCUGAUCACAUCUCAGAUACAGGGCCGGCAAUUCGGGCGCUACUCCCGAUUGCCAGCGAAGACGCUCGCAGUAAAAUUCUAGAAUUCAAUGGAGUCGCCUCGCUCUUCGAUGCCCGAGUAGUCUGUGUAAGGCCAAAUAUUACCGAUUUCAGUUAUAGCACUGUCCAACAUGAAGGGGACCAGCCAGGUGAACUCGAGGCUAUAUUCCAUGGGAGAAUAUCCCCAGGGAGUAUCCCCAAAAACUUGGCCAGUGUUUUAUGGGUUAAUGGUUCCUAUUAUUCCAAUGGCACUGGAAACUACUUCCAAUGCUCAAUGAAUCAAAUGGCUGGGCAAGGCACUGGCCGCUCUUUUAAAAUAUGUGUUUUAGGAGACCCCAAUCCAAAUCUGGGGAUCAAAAAUGAGAAUGGAUAUGGUCGCCUAAUUAACGAACUCGAUCCGACCCAGAACGGUAGUACCUCGAAGAGUACUUGGUCAAUGAGUAGGCCGGGGUCUGUAAUGCUCUUUUUUGAUUUCCAAAGUGCUGGAAACUUCUAUAACUAUCCAGAUUCUUUCAUUGCCAAUGGACUCAUCCCACGCUUCAACGUAAAAGAAAGAAAAGUUUGGCUUGACUUUACUGUAGAACCUGUGCCAGACCAGGACCUAUACAGAGACUUUGGUAUUGCAGACGCGGAACUAUACAGAAAUUUUCAAUACCAAAUUAGCGUAACAUCAUGCUAUAGUGUCUCGUACCCUCAACCUUUUGAUACCCGUGUGGGGCAACUUCAAGAUAUCAAUAUUACAGCUACUAGGGAAACCACCGAUAUCGAGCCUAGCGUUAAAUGGGACUCUAACAGGAAAACAUUUGACACUACACAGCCACGCAACCAACUUGGAGUAUUAGGACCUAGACCUUCAGUUGGCAGCAAUCCGCAGGGUACUCUAAAGCUCAAUAUGACAAGCGUGGACAAAGCACUCAAAGACCAUGCUGCUGUAUUCUCACCGGAGAAAAAAUGGACAAUCAAUCAAGUCAAUGAAGGACGAAGACAUGCAAUAAACGGCUACAACUACUCAUUUAUGCCACCAUCGACCUAUAGUUUCCUCAACAGCCUGAUAUGGACUACACUGGAAUUCGAGAAUAAACAGUUUGAGAUCGCAAUCCAAUGUCAAGAAUGUCGAGGUCGCAAGCUUCGAGUAUAUAUCCCACAAAAAGCAAGGAAUAUAUCAAUCAUCAAUCUGCCACCAAUACUCAAUAAUACCAUCACCGACAUCAUGCAGGAUACCGAAGACCCGGCACUUGCCUUGCAGGCGCUUCUGACCAUGGUUCAACGAGCCGCCUAUUACGACUGGCUCCCUACCUUCUCAGCCAAAAGCACAAUCACUACGACCUCGAUGGAGCCCUGCCAGCUCCCAAUGUUCUCUCGAGGUUUUAUCAUAAUUACGGUAAACCUCGGUAUUCACCUUAUACUCGUAACCGGAAUAUUCUUUUGGUUCCUCAAGGCCACACGCUACACGCUCAUCAACGACGUGUGGCAAGUAGUCGCUUCCUUGAAGGCCAAAGACAUUGACGAAGUGCUGGAUGGUGUGGCAGUUGCGGAUGACAGGAACGUUAAGCGUUUCAUCAACGCAUCGGAAGGGCUUCGAAAGAGGAGAGUUAGGGUUGGUUGAAAGGGAAACCUUAGCAAAAGCGCUACUUUUCGAAUAAACGGC